ACGAAACUUAACUUAUAGAAACAAUACUGGAGCUAAAUUAAACUAAUAUCAAGUUAAGCAAUAAGAAAAAAUUCUUAUAAUCUUCUAGCGCCAUGUUUUCAAAAAAUUAACUGUCAAAUUGCUGCACGCUUUCCAGCGCAGCUUUUUUUCCAAUAGUUUUGUGCUUUUGUGUUUGUCCGCCGAUAAGCAUAUUAGAGAAGAUAAAAAUAAAAGAAGUGCACGCCGCCAACGUUGGGACUCAUGACUGAGCUUGUCAGUUUGCUUCUGGCGGGCGAGCGAGCGCGAGGGCAGCAAAAACAAAGCUCGCAUAAAUCAGAUCAUCGGCAUAGAACAGUUGUACUAUUAUGGGCUUGAGGAAAAUAUUUAAAUGUUUGUUUUGACUAAUUUAAUGUUGUUGUUAUGCUGCACGUGCUUCAAUUGUCUUCAACAAAAUGCUCCAAAUGCAAAUUCUGCUGUUAUUAAAAAGAAAAUAAUCAAAUGUGUGCAAGAGCGUGAAUGCGAGCGUGUGUGAGUGUGUGUGUGCGUGUGGAGGAGAGACAGAGAGAGAGAGAGAGCGAACAGCUGUUCUCUGGCUACACCUGUUGAAAUGUUUUAAAAGCUUUCAGCGGCUUGGCUUUAAUGCGCUCUUCAAUUUGCAUUGUUUGCAACAUUCUGUUUGGCUUUUGUUAAGUAUACGCCACAUGGACACGCACAUUCAAUGCAUUCAUUUACAUUCUUAUAAGACUUGACAAUUAAUAUUGGAUUCCAUUUAAUUUCCGUUACGUUUCGCCCACUGAUUUUCAACAUAACAAAUGCAAAUCUUUUUCACUGUCCUCACUGUUUCUCGUCUGUUAUAUUCUGAAAUUCACUUUAGCACUCAUCAUACUAAACAAGGAGAUCGAAACAUCGCGAGGCAUGCUUUAUCCACGUGAGUCGGAGACGCGGGAAGUGCGCACGCUCGAUGGCAUCUGGAACUUUGUGCGCUCGGAUGAGACGAAUCCGACGCAGGGUGUACGUGAUGGCUGGUUCAAGGAUGACCUGAGCAAAAGUAUGCCCACCAUUCCCAUGCCAGUGCCGGCUUCGUACAACGAUAUCACCACGGAGCAGGCAUUACGCGAUCAUGUGGGCACCGUUUGGUAUGACCGAAAGUUUUUCGUGCCACGCUCCUGGGGACAGGAUCAACGGGUUUGGUUGCGCUUCGGCAGUGUGCACUAUGAAGCCUUCGUGUGGGUCAAUGGACGGAUGGCUGUUAAGCAUGAGAUGGGACAUUUGCCCUUUGAGACGGAGGUCACGCACUUACUUAAAUAUGGCGCAGAGAAUCGCAUCACGGUUAUGUGCGACAAUGCGUUGAUACAGACGACGGUGCCGCAGGGCAAAAUCUCGGAGGUGGCCAACGAUGGUGGCGUUGCUAUCAUACAAAGCUAUACAUUUGAUUUCUUCAAUUAUGCGGGUAUACAUCGAUCCGUCCAUCUGUAUACGACGCCCAAAACGUUCAUUGAGGAAGUGGAGAUCAAAACGAAUCUGUCCCCGAAUAACAGCGUGGGCACCGUGGACUACAGCAUCACAGUGAAUGGUACAGCUGCCAAUGAAGCGGAGAAUACCCUCUUCGCACGACUGCAGAUCUACAAUCGAGAGGGCGUGCAGGUUGCCAAUGUGACGUCGGACAGCAAGCUGGUGGGCUCGUUGCAAGUGGAGAAUGUGAAGCCCUGGUGGCCAUAUCUGAUGCAUUCGAGUCCGGGCUAUCUAUACGAGCUGGAGAUUCAACUGUAUGCAGCCAAGGAGCAGCUGCUGGAUGUCUAUCGUCUGAAUGUGGGCAUACGUACGCUCAGCUGGACCAAUACGUCGUUUCUCAUCAAUGGCAAGCCGAUUUAUUUCCGCGGCUUUGGACGGCACGAGGAUGCGGAUGUGCGUGGAAAGGGUCUGGACAAUGCGCUGAUGGCGCGUGACUUUAAUUUGCUUAAAUGGAUUGGCGCCAAUGCUUAUCGCACCUCGCAUUACCCUUACUCGGAGGAGUCCAUGCAGUUCGCCGAUCAGCAUGGCAUCAUGAUUAUCGACGAAUGCCCCAGCGUCGAUACAGAGAACUUCAAUCAGGCUUUGCUAGACCGCCACAAAUCCUCGCUGGAGCAGCUGGUACAUCGCGAUCGCAAUCAUCCCAGUGUCGUGAUGUGGUCCAUUGCCAAUGAGCCGCGCACAGGCCAAGUGAAUGCCGAUACAUAUUUCCAAUUCGUGGCCAACUACACACGUUCCUUGGAUAGUACAAGACCAAUUACAGCCGCUAUCGCAGUGCCCUCGAAUGACGACAAAGCGGGCCGCCAUUUAGACAUAAUUAGCUUUAAUCGCUACAACGCGUGGUAUAGCAACACAGGUCGAUUGGAUAUGGUCACAGAGCGUGUGAUUAGUGAAGCAACUGGAUGGAAUAAGAAGUAUGGCAAGCCGGUUAUUAUGUCGGAAUACGGAGCCGAUACACUGGAGGGUCUGCAUCUGCAACCGGCCUAUGUUUGGUCUGAGGAGUUCCAGACAGAGGUUUUAUCGCGCCACUUCAAAGCCUUCGAUGCUUUGCGGCGCAAAAAAUGGUUUAUUGGAGAGUUCGUCUGGAACUUUGCCGACUUUAAGACAGCGCAAUCCUACACGCGUGUCGGCGGCAAUAAGAAAGGCGUCUUCACUCGUGCCCGGCAGCCAAAAGCGGCGGCUCACCUGUUACGUCAGCGAUACUUUGCUUUGGGGCGCGAGGUGGAUCAGUGCAAUAUACCAAGUGACCUGUUCACCUACAUUGUUGACGUUGGUGGGUCCAAUUUCAAGCAUGAUUCAACAGAUUUAUGAGUACAUCAUCGUCGACUAUAAGACACUUAAGCUGACAAGACAACAAGACAGUACAAUAUUUUAUAUACAUAUAUUUAAGUCCAUGGAAAAAAUAAGUAUUUUAGCUAUUUAUACCGAUUUUGUAAUUAAUGUUUUCCUGGAACUGAACUUAAACGCAUUUCAGUAGCAUAAGCCUUAUAAUUUUUGUAAUAAACAGUUUUU